CCUCUCUAUUUCUCUGUUCUUCUUCCUUUCUCUCUCUCUCUUCCUCGCGUGGCAAAGAGCAGAGCUUGACGAGGAGCUUUAAUGGAGAUACCGAAGUCCUAACUGGGUGAGAUCAGUUUCAAAUUCUGAUAAUUUCCGAGUGAGCUUUGAGGAUAGGCCCUGCAAUCAAAGUGGGAGAGACUUGCAGUUGGAAAUCCUGUUAAAGUUUGGAUUUGUUUUCUGGGUGUAGAUCAGUGAUGAUGGGGAUCUUUGAAGAAAUGGGUUUCUGUGGGAAUCUUGAUUUUAUUCCUGCUCCACCGCUAGAGGGAGAUCUGGUACCUGAAGGUGAACCAGAGGCUACAGUUGAGGAGGAUUAUAGUGAUGAAGAGAUGGAUGUUGAUGAGCUAGAAAGGAGGAUGUGGAGGGACCGGAUGCUUCUGAGGCGUCUCAAAGAACAGAGCAAGGAGAAGGAGGGAGUUGAUACUGCGAAGCAGAGGCAGUCGCAGGAGCAGGCGAGGAGGAAGAAGAUGUCACGAGCACAAGAUGGGAUCCUGAAGUACAUGUUGAAGAUGAUGGAAGUUUGCAAAGCUCAGGGUUUUGUUUAUGGAAUCAUCCCUGAGAAAGGAAAGCCUGUGAGUGGUGCUUCUGAUAAUCUCCGUGCUUGGUGGAAAGAGAAGGUGAGAUUUGAUAGAAAUGGUCCUGCGGCGAUCGCCAAAUAUCAGGCCGAUAAUGCGAUCCCUGGGAAGAAUGAAGACUCUAAUGUGGUGGCCUCCACUCCUCACACACUGCAAGAGCUUCAAGACACCACACUUGGUUCGCUCUUGUCGGCUCUCAUGCAGCACUGUGAUCCACCUCAGAGGAGGUUCCCUUUGGAGAAGGGUGUUGCUCCACCAUGGUGGCCUACUGGUAAAGAGGAAUGGUGGCCUCAACUGGGGUUUCCGAAGGAUCAAGGUCCUCCACCUUAUAAGAAGCCCCAUGAUCUGAAGAAGGCCUGGAAGGUGAGCGUGCUCACUGCUGUGAUUAAGCACAUGUCUCCUGAUAUUGCAAAGAUUCGCAAGCUUGUGAGACAAUCCAAGUGCUUGCAGGACAAGAUGACUGCAAAGGAGAGUGCGACAUGGUUGGCCAUCAUCAACCAGGAGGAGGCCUUGUCUAGGAGACUUUACCCUGAUAGCUGCCCACCUAUAUCUUCAGCUGGUGGGAGUGGAUCUUUUGUUCUCAGUGACAGCAGUGAAUAUGAUGUUGAGGGGGUCGAAGAUGAACCAAGCUUCGAAGUACAGGAGUGCAAACCCUGUGAUGCAAACAUGUUCAAUAUGGGUAUGUGUGGAAACAAGUUCUCUUUGCCCGUCCCAAUCAAGGGAGAAGUUACUAGCUCAGAUUUCAUCCAGAAGAGGAAGACAUUAUCUGAUGAGAUGCCAGCAGCAAUGGUGGAUCACAAGAUCUACGCUUGUGAGAACCUUCAGUGCCCUUACAGUGACUACCGCCUGGGGUUUCUUGAUAGAACUUCGAGGAACAAUCACCAGGCGAAUUGCCCAUUUCGCAAUGUUUCACAGGGGUUUGGAGUUUCAAACUUCCAGACUAACGAGGAAAAACCAACAAUCUUCUCUGUGCCAUAUGCCCAACCGAGGCCAGCACCUCCAGUGCAAAAUCUGACUCCAGCAUCCUUCAAUUCACCUGGACUCGUAGUGCUACCAGACGAGGGGCAGAAAACUAUUUCUGAGCUUAUGUCACUCUAUGAUUCCAAUCCUCAGCGAAAGAAUAUCAGGAAUCCUGGAAAUGUUAUUGUUAUAGAAGAUCAAAUUCCUGCACAGCCAAGGACUCAACUGGGUGACAACUCCUUCAGCAGUAACAUCUUUGAAGAGACAAAUGCACCGAUCAACCAUACAAUGUUCCCUCGAGAUGAAAUCCAGUUUGAUCAGUGUAAAGUGUUCGAUCCACCAUUUGAGCCCAAUACUGGUGACAUUGGUGGAGACUUCAGAUUUGGAUCUCCUUUCAACUUGCCAUCGGUCGAUUUCCCUGAUGUCAUGCCUAGAGGAACGGUGGAGCCAUUGUCCUGCAAGCAGGAUAAUUCAAUCUGGUACUUGUGAAGGUAACUUAGUGCAACUGUUCCUCAUCUUGGUGGCGGCGACAGCGGCAUUUUGUUUGGGUGGGAGGGGAUAGCUUGGUAUCCAAAAAUGUAAAUUCUUAAAGGUCUGUCUCUGUUCUGAUCUGAUCAGGUGAAGCUUAUACCUUCUACCAGUCAAUAGCCUCUGAUGGAUGUUAAAAACCUGUGUAGGGAUUUUCUCUCUCUUUGGAGCUUAAGAUCUCAGGUUUAAAAGCUUUUUAGGGUCUGUUUAGUUGCGCAGUAGGGGAAGUCAGAACAGUUUAAAAUAUGUUCUGGACCUUAACCUGAUUCAUCAUGUUAUCAAAAAUGUUUCCAGACUUUUGCAGUUUCAAUCCUUUGUAUUAAGAUUAAACAUAAGUUAAAUAUAGUUGUUUGGACUUGUUAA